UUGACGUCAAAAAAAAAAUUCCGCAAAAUCGAUCGAACGAAAUCAAAGGCCACAAGAAUUUUUCAUUGUAAAAUCUUGUAUCGUACCGACUGAACGUUUAAAUGUGUUAGUGCUUCUCAGGUGAAUUUCACGCUACAGUCGCGUGUUUCAGUUACGUACAGUGAACUUUGCGGUCACCUUUGCGUGUUGAAACUCCCAAGUUGGGUGAUCAAACGAUUUUUGUGUAUUUCCUCAUUUGAUAAGUGGAGAAUUACGUCGUGUUUUAGCUGGAAUUCUUGACUCACCACUUUGUGAUUUAAAUAGUUGCCUGGUGCUGAAAUAAGCAUGGGAGAACCACUCACCAAUGGUCAUCAGAAAGAAGAAAGCUUACCAGCUGGCAUCGUCGUGGAAGAAGUAGAGAUCCCGGUACCAUGGGGCCACGUGGCCGGCCGAUGGUGGGGGCCUCGGGACAAGCAGCCCAUCAUCGCCAUACACGGCUGGCAAGACAACGCAGGCACCUGGGACAACCUCAUACCCCAACUGCCAGUCACCACCUCAGUUCUCUGCAUAGAUCUCCCUGGACAUGGCCUCUCCUCACACUACCCAACGGGUAUGCUCUAUUACAUAUUCUGGGACGGCGUUGUGCUCCUCAGAAGAAUCAUCAAACAUUUCAAAUGGACUGAAAAUGUUACCCUGAUGGGACAUUCCCUGGGAGGUGCCUUGAGUUUUAUGUACGCGGCAUCGUAUCCGGACGAAGUGGACAGGAUAAUAUGCAUCGAUAUAGCAAGCCCUGCUGUCAGGGAUCCCGCCAAUAUGGUGGAGAAGACUGGAUGGAGUAUGGAUAAGCUGUUGGAGUAUGAACACUUAACAGAGGAUAAGAUACCGUCGUAUGAUUACGAUGAAAUGAUUGAUAUUGUAUGCGACGCUUACCGAGGUUCCGUUUCGAAGGAGAACUGCAAAGUUUUGAUGAAGAGAGGCAUGGCUCCUACUCCCGCUCAUAUCAAGAAGAAAGGGUACUAUUUCAAGAGGGACCCACGACUAAAAGUUUCUGGACUGGCCAUGAUGUCGAUUGAGACCGCUUUGGAGUACGCCAGCCAUGUGAAAUGUAAAGUCCUGAAUAUAAGAGCUCUUCCAGGACAGAAAUGGGAGAGACUGGACUAUUACUUAGAUGUUAUUGAAAAGAUGAAGCAAACUGCUGAUGUCCAGUUUGUGGAAGUGGAAGGCACCCAUCACGUGCAUUUAGAAGCUCCAGAAAAUAUACUUCAACUUGUAGAAGACUUCUUAGAAGAAUAUUAACUGCAUUAUUUAGUGCUAAUUUGCAAAUGUGAUAUGUAAUGUGAUUGAAGUACGGUCGGUACUUUCUUUUUAAGAGUAGUUUGCAAUUGCAAUAACAAAUAAUUGUUUGUAAGCUUACUAGGACACUAGGUUUUUGUGAAAUCAAAUUUCACGUAAUUGUUGAACAAAACACUGUUAAAUUACUGAACAUAAUCAAUCAUGGCUAUAUUAGUUUCACAGUUUUUGUGGUUUUUACAGUUUUAAGACGAUCAAAAUGCAUUGACUUUUUCUUAUGCGUUAGAACACAAACAAUGUAGUCGCCCUUUGGACCGUUUUAUGAGUAAACACUUAUGUUAUGGCUUUAGCAUUAUAGUUUUAUAGGUAUCUAUACUAUACGUUAAUGACAUUGUCGUACAAGAAAAACAGUUGUUUACUGUUUGGCAACGUGGAUAGUUAUUAUUGUCAUGUCGUCGCUAUCAAGUCGCGUUUUACUAGGUAAUGGGUAUAUAUCCCAUGAAUUCCCAUGGUCCUAAUUAUUUACAUUUAACUACGCAUUGUAAAAGCUGGUUUACACUAUGUCGGAUCGACAAUUUUAUCGAUACAAUGAAUGUUGCAUUUGUAUAAUUUAUACCUAAUUAGGUAUCUGUAGCAUUGUUCCCAGACAGCGGCACGACAAAACUGUCUGCAACGACAUAUUAUCGGUCGCCCGACCAUGAUAACAGUCGGGGGUCAAUUGCUUCGUCGGGACGAUCCAGUAUUUUUGAACAAAAUCAUUUACUCAGACACGUUUGAACAAAAUCAUCUACCUACCAGAGUAGUACCUACUCUCAAACCGAGUCAUGAGCGCGUCGACCUUUUUUAGGGUACCUACUCAAACACUGGGAGAGGGCGCUUCUUUGCACCGGUUAGAAAUAAUCCGAUCCGUGACUGCUAUGAGCUCAGUAGUAGCAGUAGCAGUGUGUAUGUAUUAAAGUUUCGAACAACAUAGUACUAAAAUAUAGACGAGGACGGGAAAAUUAUCGGCCCGACAUAAUGUGAACCAGUACUAAACGUUUAUACUUAGUUUAUCAUUAGACAAUGUUGAAUGAAUGAGUAUAGAGAUAAGUAGAUAAUAUUAUUAAUUUUAUAGACUUAUAAUAUUAUUCCUUCAGUAUAUUAUGUAUAAAGAUACAUGAACAUGACUUUGUGCUUAUGUUUUGGACAAGUUACAACAACGUCACGUGACAUUGAUAAAAUUAAGGUCAUUUACUUGCACAUAGAUUUCUCUAAUUAUUACUGAGAUAUCCAAUGUGUCAUGAUUAUAAAGAUUAAAACUACCCAUCUUUGACCUUAACGAUAUCAGCUAUCUAUGCAGUUUCUAAAGUAGAUAGUUGAAGUGUAAUUUAUUCAGUAGUGUCAACAUUAUUCCUACUUAACUGAAACCUACCUAAUGAGGUAUUACUAUUUUUGAAAGUCAUCCAAAUAGUCAAAACCACUUCCUAUUGAACAUGCAAAUCGAAUGAAUAGUUAAGCAAUGCCUAUUUUUAUUCUGUAAAAGUUUCAUUGCAGUACUCACGAUUGUACGAAUUCUUCAGAAAAUAAGUUUUUAGCACAGUACAAUUUAUUAUAUUGAACUUAAACAAUUGUGCUCAGAGAAAUACUAUGAUAGCCUUGUCUAAGUUUUGACUUGUUUUAUAUUUAUUUAAAUGACGGAGAACAUUUUGUAUUGGCGUAGGUAGAAUAUGCCUACUUCAAUGUUUUUGAAAUACACUCGACGUCAAAUAAAU